AUGAAAGAACUCCUGGUAGUUGUUGCCGUAUUCGCACUCAGUUACGCUCAGGAUGGCGGCAACAAAUGUAACUACCCAGCCACUGGCAGCGAAACGCUGCAGAAUGCUGUACCAAUCAAGACGUUCCACACUUCCGGAUUGGAUUUUGUCAGGCCAGCGUGGUGCAUUACCCACUGCAAGGAUAGGAAAUCGAUCAAGGCCGCCAUGGAUUUCCAGGCAGCCGACAGUGCUCGUAAGUUAACUCCAUUUCUGCCUCAAGAAGCCACCUUCAAAGUGCAGAGCUACAGUAUGCCAGGCGAGAAACGUGUGGUUGAAGCCUACACAAAGGAAGGACAGAGAGCCGACGACGAUGAUUUCUGUGUGGAUCCUGACGUUUCUGCAAUAGCUGAUCAGGUCUUCCAGCAAUAUACUGAUGUGGAAACCAUCGCCGAAGCGCUCAACUACAUGGUUAACAAAACCGGAUGGGCCUAUUUAGUUUAUGAGAUGGGACCACCUCCAUCGGUGGUUUCCACGUGGAACUUACACCAGGACCCAAAUUUCUGCAUGAAGAGCUAUUAUACGCAAGAUAGUAACGGAAAUACGAGAGAUUACGACAUGUUCGCUGGCUUGGUGAAAAACUAA